AUGCCGUCUCUUUUAUUUUGUGGCCCAAAAUUGGCCGCCUGUGGAAUAGUACUAAGCAUAUGGGGAGUUAUCAUGCUGGCUAUGCUUGGGAUCUUCUUCAGUGCAAAAUCCGCUGUUCUGAUUGAAGAUGUCCCCUUCACUGAGGAGGAUAUUCGUAACGAUAAGAACCCACCUCAGACGGUCUAUGGAUUGUACAACCAAGUUGCUAUAAACUGCUUCAUUGCGGCUGCCAUCUACGUAGCAGUUGGUGCUGUGUCCCUCUGCCAGGUUCGACUUAACAAGCGCCAAGAGUACUUGGUCCAGUGA